GAGGUCGCGGGGAUGGAUUGCGGGAUUUAUUGUCGGGAUAGGUUAUUACGCGGUGAUGCUGCUGGAUCGACAGCUGGUACAGUCUUGACGAGGGAGGAAGCAUACAGAGACCAUGAGAGGCAUUAUGAGAUGGAGAUCGCCGCCCAUAGACCCCACCCUCUGGAUAGCAAUAAUACUGGCAUACCCACUCUAGCCGAGGGACUCACUGUUCUACUUUUGUCGGAAGCAACUACAAAAAUCUUGGUUUUAAAUAUGCUUUUAUUCCCAAGGAAGAACCUGCAAUCUCCAUGAGAAAAUCCUAUAUACAGUAUUUAGUAUUGGGAUAGCCUACUUUGUUUUGCUUCGAUUAUCUACAUUUUUGCAGAAAGCUGUCAUGUUGGCUCAAGCAAUCAAGAUACUUUGACAGGAGGUGUUGGAAGCUGAAACUGAGGACGUUUCGGUGCCUUCCCCAAACUAUGACUUUCUGGUCAAGUCAAGAAAACACAAGGAAUCAAUUUAUGAAUGCAAAUUAUUUGCUUCGGUGGGACUGCAAGUUCGGCGCUGCGCGCCCUCUGGCAGGAUGGCUUAUCCCGACGAGGAGUAUGCAGGCCAGCCUAUGUGGCAGUCCGUGGUGCUCUUUUGCUGCAAGGGUAUGAUCGAGGUCAUCGUGGUCAUCCUCUUUUUCUGGCUGCUUGUGCAGGUGCUCUUCGCCAAACAACUGGAAGUUCACCUUCAAGUUCUCCUUCUGGUUGGACUGAUCACUUUCUGUCUGUGCUUGCUGCUGGGAUGUGUUCUGUGCUGGUGGCGGAGUCGUAUUUGUUGUGAUGAAGAGAUAGAAAAUGUGACCUCAACUGAGCCUGUGACCGUAGAGCAUUGCCUGGGCUCCUCGGGAGCGCCCUCGUCGUCAUCCAGGCUUCAAUACGACGAGCUGGACGGAGAUACGCUAGACUACCCGUCCACGUUCACCAGCCCGGCCCCUUUUGAGAGGGAUUUUACCUCCUGGUCCUUCUCUAAUGAAGCCCGCUCUGCAUCUGAGCGGAAGGAGCAGCCGAAGACUUUUUUUUCACUGCGCCGCCUCAGCAAUCCACCUCUUUAUAAACCCAUAGAUACCAGCCAUGCUUCGCUGCCUACUUUUCCCAAACUGCUAUCCAAGGCUCUGCAGAGACGCUGCACUGUGACUGGCAAUAGUAAAUCAUACCAGGAGCACAGUAGGCUCAGCAGACACUCUCCGAGCACGGCCGAGGAACCGAUCCCGUUGGUUUCAAUGGCUUACGGCUCCAGUGCCAGCUGCAAAUCAUCAAUAGCAGCGACGCCCCACCUCAAUUUUACAUUGCUCUUUUCCCCAGAGAGACGAACCCUGACAAUCACAGUCCUCAGGCUCACAGGGUCAUCUCACAGGCUGGAUGAUGUGUCGACGCAGGCCUGCCUUCCGCCUCUCCACCCCUGUUUAGUACAAGCGACCAUCCAGGGCGGCCUCGGCCGGGUCGUGGUUUUAAAUGUGAGCUCUGCAGAGGCGCUGCAAAGGUGCACCCUAAGAAUAGCUGUGUACACACAGGAUGAACACGGACUGACAGGCACCGCGCUGGAAUGUGUGAGCCACCAGGAUGUACAGAUGUCUAAGGGGCUUAGCUGUCCUCCAAAGAUCUUCAUUCUGCUGCGCUAUAACCCUCCCACACAUCGGAUCAAGGUGGCCGUCCUGAGGGCCGACAACCUGGAGAUGCUCGUCCGUACGUCGACUGCACCAGACUGCCAAGUGGUGAUCAAGCUGCAUCACGACGGGCUUGUGAUCAGCAGCAGAGGAACAAAAGGAGCCUCGUUUGCUGUGUGGAACUCCUACUUCCUGUUUGACCUCCCUCCAGGAAACAUCAGUCAUUUACCACUCACGGUGGAGUUUAUAAUCAUGCAGAGUCACGCGCGAUCACAAUGCAAAGUCCUCGGUCGAGUCCUCAUCGGUGCUGAGGCCGCAGAUGUGGGACGUGCUCACUGGAGGGACACGUGCAGUCUGCAAGGGGAGCGGUCGCGCUGGCACACAGUUCAACCAGAACCUUCGGAGAAACAUACCCGACUGAGCAAUAUGUACUGUAUAUGAUCACCAUCCAAUAUAUCAAAUUCUGAUAUGUCACUUUUGCCGUGAAGUGACGGCAACUUUAAAAUGACUAGCCUUAUUUUGAUGUGCCAAAAUGUGUGUUUGUGCAUUUCAAAACACAGCAAAUGCAAUAAGAACAAACUGCCUUUGCUAAUGUUAUGGCAAAAUUGAGAAAUUGCAUGUCCAAAGUAAUCAGGCAACUAUCGAAACUUAAUUAAAUCAAACAAUAACUUCAAACAGAAACUGACUUUUUUUGUGUCACGUAUUGAAAAGCGCCAACUAUAACAGUUAUGGCAUGAUCCAGGUACUCCGGUUUCCUCCCGCAUCCCAAAAACAUUCGUGGUAGCUUGACUGAAGACUCUAAAUUGCCCAUAGGUGUGUGAAUGUGAAUGGUUCCGUUCCGCUUAUUCUCACUAAGGUCGCGGGCGUGCUGGAGCCCAUCCCAGCUAUCUUCGUGCGAGAGAUGGGGUACACCCUGAACUGGUCGCCAGCCAGUCACAGUUUUUAUAUCCACUGUAUACUUAACACGAUGCUGACAAUUUUAUCGAAAGUCUACUGUAGUGUAUUUUACCUUUUGGUAGUUCAAUCUUUUGUCAUGAUUAUUUUUAAAGACAGGCCCCUCAUAUUGGUUGUGUGAGAUUAGCACAACAAGCACAUUAGCAUUAGGUGCUCUGCAUACAUAGAAUCAUAAAUAGUCAACCACAAUGAAAUUGAAUCUUGCUCGUCUCCCAGCUCCAUUUGCAUUUAACUGUACAUCUACAGUACCAACAGCAUGAGAAAGUGUGUCAAAGUGUUCACCUGCUACUGUACAUGUCAGGAUGUGAAGUAUA